AUGCCCGAAUCCCAAACCCCCGCCCACCAACGCUCCACCUCCCGCCCACGCACCCCCAACCGACCAACAACCCCCCUCCGGCCCUCCUCGCGCUCCUCCCUGCGCGAAUCCGCCCGCAAAUCCAUCCAUGGCCCCAGCGCUUCUUUCCCGCUCAACGCCUUUGAGCCCGCCUUCGCCGAGCUGGCCGAUGCCAUGGCCGAUCUCGAAGCCAACAUGAUGCACUUCCAGCUGAUGCACGAAAGCCUGGCGCGGUUCAGCGAGGACUUUGCCAGUUUUCUGUACGGGUUGAACAUGAACGCUUUUUGUGUGGAUUUCCCCGAGGGGCCGUUGACGGAGAGCUUCAAGAGGAUGAGGGAGAAGGAGGAGAGGGAGGGUGUUGCUGCGAAUGGUGGUGGUGGGAUGGGGCAGGGGCAGCAAGGGCAACACGGGCAGAAUAUGGGGGGGGCAAUAACGACAGUCAAGACUGAGAGGGAGGGCUUUGAUGGGGAGACUACUUUCAUUCGCACCGAAGACGCCCGCUCCAAGGCAGUCAAGAGUCCCUGCGCCGUCGGGAACGACAAGAGGCACGAGCGGACGAGGUGUUGGCCGUGGUGUUACGCCCAGUUCCCGAACGACGAGCCGCGGCGCGAUUACUAG